GCCUACCUCACAACCUUUACUCUCCCUGCAAAUAUUCCGCCAUUAAAAAUUCCUUCGUCUCCUUUAUUAGUUGAAGCAUUCGCCACAGAAACACACUCCCAGCUUCCUCUCUCCUUCUUCUCUCUGCUUCAGCCAGGAAAUGAAUAAGCUGAUCCGCCGGCUCGCCAGAGUGGCGGACUCUUCUCAGCGGCCGGGAGAUGGGAAGAACGAGCGGGGUCGGAGAGGGCACGUCCGGGUGCCGGGAGGGCACGUGCCUGUCUGCGUCGGAGAAGAAAUGGAGCGGUUCGCCGUGCGAGCGGAGCUUCUCGGCCGGCCAGCGUUCGUGGAAUUGCUCCGUCGAUCGGCGCAGGAGUAUGGUUACGAGCAGGUCGGUGUGAUUCGGAUCCCUUGCACUGUCGAUCUAUUUCGCCGCGUUCUUCUCGAUGCCGGAGAGACCGGAGAUCUGGCUUGGUAUUUGGAGUCCGAUCUGAAUUUGGAUAGCUCUUAGUUUUUGAUUGAAAAAUUCCUGUAAAUUCUGAUUUAGUAAAUCUGGAGUGAUUAAAAUCCCCAAAUUGUUUG